UAUACGAAACUCGUGUUCUUGGUAGUGUGGUUAAGCUAGGCAAUACUAGCAUGUGAAAAUGACUUAUCCGCCCUUUAUUUAGCUACUGAGCGAAUAUUUUGUAAAUGUAAAAUGUUAUUUAAUCAAAGCUGCAGAAAGCUUUCACAGGUGUGGAAGUGGAACUCGGCUUCCAUUGUGUUAUGGUCGUGUAGUAAUGUUAGACACCCUCAGCCGCUCUCAGCAGGCUGUAAACAUGAUGUCCGUUUGAAGAGUUCAGCUUCUGGUGAGAGACAGCAGGAGAGGCAGAGGGCUCACAUGGCACGUGGCCUUCCGAAGCAAAAGCCCAUAGCAGGUGUUAAAGAGGUCAUCGUUGUUGCAUCAGGAAAAGGAGGCGUUGGCAAAUCUACCACAGCAGUAAAUCUUGCUCUUGGACUUAUGGCUAACGAUCGGAGUAAAACGGUGGGCCUUUUAGAUGCUGAUGUCUAUGGCCCCUCGGUCCCAAAGCUGAUGAACCUCAGAGGAAACCCGGAAUUAACAGACAACAACUUAAUGAGACCCCUUAUGAACUUUGGGAUCCCUUGUAUGUCUAUGGGCUUUCUGGUUGAAGAUACAGCACCCAUUGUGUGGAGGGGUCUGAUGGUCAUGUCAGCCAUUGAGAAGCUCCUUAGGCAGGUAGACUGGGGCUCUUUGGAUUACUUAGUGAUUGACAUGCCACCUGGAACAGGGGAUGUACAACUUUCCAUCACACAGAACAUCCCCAUAGCAGGUGCUGUCAUCGUGUCCACUCCACAGGACAUCGCUUUGUUAGAUGCACGCAGAGGUGCGGAGAUGUUCCGUAAGGUUAACGUGCCGGUGCUGGGUUUGGUUCAAAACAUGAGUGUUUUCCAGUGUCCUCAGUGCAACCAUCAGACACAUAUCUUUGGUUCAGAUGGGGCGAGAGAAUUGGCAAGUGCCCUUGGAGUAGAGGUUCUUGGUGACAUUCCACUUCAUCUGAACAUCAGAGAGACGUCGGACAAGGGUCAGCCCGUGGUUGUGUCCUCUCCUGACAGUCCUGAGGCUGAAGCCUACAGAAGAGUCGCCUCAGCAGUGGUGCAUCGCCUCACAGAGGAGAACAGCUGAAUGACUUCAACACUGCUAUACUAUUUAUUUAUUAGUCACUAGUAUUGAGAAACUUCAAUAAAUGUUUUACUCAUGUCCAUAGUUCAUGUUGUUUACCGUGCUUACCAGUAAGUAAGAAUUUAUUACAUUUUAAGAGCCUUAGUUGUUUUUUUUUGCCAUUUUUUUCUGUCGGCCUCUUUAGGUUGUUUUAUUUUAUUUCAACACAAAUAUUUUUAUAGUUAAUUGUGCUUCAGUGUUUUGAGUAUAUGUGAAAAAUUAGGAUUCCAUUUGGAAAGGUUCACAUGGGGAAGUGCACUUCAGAAUUUCCCGAAUACAUUAUUAAUUAUUUGUCAGUCCAGCUUCUAGAGAAAGGGAAAGUAUGUAUUUCAGGGGUAAAAGGCCUGUGAAGAAAAGCUGAUAAUAGCACAAAGCAGACAUAGAAAGCAAUCUGCGAUAAUGAAGGAGCUAAAAAUGAUGUGUUUUGCACACUCAUUAGCUGACUCCCAUGCAGCUUCAUAAUGCUAACUACACUAUAUGGCCAUAAGUUUGUGGACAGCUGACCAAGCACAUCCAAAUGGGCUUUUUGAGCAUCCCGUUCCAUGUAGUCCUCUUAUGCUGUUAUAAUAACCUCCACUCUUCUCUGUGGGGAUUUGUGCGUCUCUGUGGGGAUUUGUGCGUCUCUGUGGGGAUUUGUGUUCAUUCAGCCACAGGAGCAUUAGUGAGGUCCGGCACUGAUGUCGGAUGAGGAGGCCUGGGGUGCAGUCAGCGUUCCAAUUCAUCCCAAAGGUGUUAAUUGUGGUUGAAGUCAGGGAUCUGUGCAGGCCAGCGAGUUCUUCCAUGCCAGCCUUAGAAAAACAUGUUUUUAUGCACCAUGCAGGUGCACAUGGUUAUUGUCAUACUAGAACAUGUCUGGGCCUCUUGGCUCUAAUGAAGGGAAAUCAUAAUGCUACAGCAUACAAAGACAUCCUAGGCAGUUGUGUGCUUCCAACUUUGUGGCAACAGUUUGGAGAAGGCCCCACACAUAUUGGUAAGAUGGUCAGGUGUCCACAUACCUUUGGCCAUGCAGUGUAACCAACACCGAUAGUGAUGGCUGGAGAUAUAUAUAUCUCCAGCCAUCACUAUCAGUGUUGGUUCAUUCAGCCACAGGAGCAUUAGUGAUAGCACUUGCUAUCCCAAGGAAUUCGCGGCACAAGGCGAGGGACACCCUAGACGGGGUGCGAACCCAUCACAGGGCACAAUCGUACACCCAUACAGCGCAUGUUUUUGGACUCGGGGAGGAAACCCCCAAAGCACAGGGAGAACACGUAAACUCCGUGCACACACAGGGUAGAGGCAGGAUUCGAACCUCCAACUCUGGAGUUGCAAGUCAAACGUGCCCCCAAUGUUCUACCGAUUUUCCAGGUUAUUUGUACUAGUAAGAAAUUUAAAAAAAAAUCAACUGUUGUGCCUUUGACAGAAACAAAUUAAACACUUUGUGCAGUCCAGUUGAUUCUUUACAUGUUCUUAAUUCCUAACUGAAAAUCAAGGGAGUGUUCCUGUUAAACCCAAAUCAGUGCUUCCACAAAAAUAAAGCUUUUUUACUCACUGA